AUGGAAAUACAUAAUAAUAAUAAUGUUGUUCGUAAAGAAAUCCAAGAAACUCGUUUACAAGAAAUUGUUACAAUGAGUGUAAGCACUGUCGAUUCGAAUCACAGUGCUGUUAUCGUACCAGCGGAUACAAAGAAAAAGAAACAGCAACAAAGACAAAGACAAAAGGAAUACAGUCGCCGACGUCAGCAAUACGUAGCUUUGGGUCACACUCGUUUUGAAUGGAUUCAACUUAUUGCAACACUCACCGUACCGAUUGCUAUCGGUAUAUUUACCGUUCUCAACAGUUUUCAACAAAUGAAUCAGAGUAAAAAUCAAUUUAACGUACAAUUACGUAUUGCCGCUGAAAAUCGACAAAAAGAUCUACUCAUUGCAUCGGAAAAUCGUCGAAAAGAUUUAGACAUUGCAGCUGAAAAUCGUAAAAAAGAUCUCAAAAUAGCUGAAGUUCAGGUACAUAUUGCAAAGGAUAAUCGUCUCAAGGACUUGCGUAUAGCAGCUGAAAAUCGCAAAAAGGAUUUGCGUAUUGCGGCUGAAAAUCGUGAAAAGGAUCUGAAGAUAGCGGAACUACAGAUACAUAUUGCAAAGGAUAAUCGUCAGAAUGAUAUACGUAUUGCGAAUGAAACACGUUCAAAAGAUCUUCACAUUGCAGCAGAAAAUCGUCGUAAGGACAUCGAAAUUGCUGCAGAAAAUCGACGUAAAGAUAUGAAGAUUGCUGAAGUGCAGAUUGAUAUUGCUGAAGAAAAUCGUGCUAACGCAGUCCGACUUGCAAAUGAAACACGUUCGAAUGACCUGCUUAUUGCAUCCGAAAACCGUCGUAAAGACAUUGACAUAGCCGAAGAAAAUCGUCGUAAAGAUCUAAAAAUAGCUGAACUUCAAAUUAAAAUUGCCGAUGAAAAUCGUCAGAACGAUAUUCGCAUUUCUAACCAGACACGUCAGAACGACCUUCUAAUUGCAUCAGAAAAUCGUCGUAAGGACAUUGAAAUUGCUGAAGAGAAUCGACGUAAAGAUUUUAAAAUAGCCGAAGAAAAUCGUCGUAAAGAUCGAGAAGUUGUAGAAGAUCAGCAGAAACACAGUGUCGCCACGGAAUAUUACACGUUUCUAAGUGAACUUCUCUUGAAAGAAGGUGUCCGUCUCAAUAACACGAAUCAUGAAGCAGCACGUUUCGUUGCACGUUUUAAAACAUUAAUUGCAUUCCGUCAAUUAAAUCCAAAACGUAAAACUCUCCUGUUUAAAUCGUUAUACGAAGGAAAGUUGGCUGGUCGUCUUGAUGGAGAUAUGGUGAUCGAUCUGUCGUCAGCUGAUCUAACUGGCAUUGACUUUGCUUCACCGCGUGAUCACAUUGUACUAACACCACCGUCUUUUCAUCAGUAUUAUUCAGUGAACUUUAGUCAUACAAAUUUGAACAAUGCAUCAUUUAACUCCGUCUCAUUCUUCAACGUCAGUUUUGAUCAUGCAAUGAUGAAUGAUGUAAUCAUGUUGUCUACACUUACAGUAUUGAUGUCAUUCACCGGUACAUCUUUAGUGCGUACAAAAUUUCUCUACUCCCAUACUAUAAACGUCAACUUUUUGAAAGCAAAGUUAGAUGAAACACACUUCGAACAGUAUGAAUGUGAGCAAUGUUUAUUCAAUUCCAGUUCGUUGAUCGGUAGUCGUAUACAGAAUUCAAAGUUUGUUCGAUCAGCAUUCGUCAAUGCAGAAAUGAAUGGUUCUCUUAUCAUUGAAAGUGAAUUCAGUGGUAGUGUCAAUAUGAUGAAUGUGUCACUGACAAAGUCAGAGAUACAUAACUGUACGUUUACGGAUGUUGAUAUGCGAUGGUGUGUAAUGAACGGAAGUUCGUUGAUAAAUUCAAAAUUUAUAAAGGUGAACUGGUAUGAAUGUAAAGGACUGACUGAUGAACAGUUAAAACAGGCGAAAAUUGUAUCUGAAUCAAUAUUACCAAAUGGAACAGUGUACUCGAGCAAAUAGUUUUUUAAAAAUUGAUCGAGAUCACUUUGCUUCGGCUAAUUUCCUUCAUUAGAACUCCAAAUGCUUGUUUGCAAUGCGAUGUGAUAAAUCUCUAAGCCCCAAUACGACUCAUUACAGUUAAGCCAUGUAGAACGGUGCUCUGAGCAUAUAUGAGAAUUUCGUCCUUUUUAGCUUUUUCUAUUGUUCAGGAUGAGCUCUUUUCAGUGGUGUUUUCUGGUCGAAGAAAUAUUGUUUCUGUCAAAAUUUAUAGGCUUUACAAGAUGAGCGGUAAAACAGUCGAAAACAAGCGAAAAACUCAAUUCGAAAAGAAUAUCGAUCACUCUAUAUGUACAUAUAUAGAAUUAUACAUCGUUUGCAAAUUUAGAAUAUGUACAAAAGGUUUUUCCAGCUGAAGCACAGGGUGAGGAUGAGUCAAGCAAACCAUGAUGCGUUUCGACCUUGCUAAAGGGUCUCUUCAGAUGGUUUCAACUUAGUAACUAUUCAAAGUAUUCUUAGAUCAAUUUGUUGUCUCAGUGCUUUCAUGAUUCCAUGAUGAAAUAUAUAGUUUAUUGAUAUUAUAAAGAGAAAUAUAUAGAAAAUACAAAAAAUGUUAUUCAUGUGCCUUUAGCUUUUCAAGUUCAGAUAUUGAUGGGUAUUGAUGGACGUUUAGAAACGAAUUCUUUUGUUGCGUUUCGACUAUUGCGAUUGCCAACAACGAGUUUGGUACCUGUAGUUGGUGUUUUGUUGAUUGUCUCGUUCCAUAUGUGUGAAUAUCUUUUUUAUAACUUGCAAGACGGUGUUCAUGUGUAAAAAUGUAGUAUGAGACGUGUGUUCCAUUUGUUUUGCUUUGACAGUCGUUGUUGAAUUUUGAUAUCAUUCUCUGCUUGGUUUUUAUUAUAGCUUGUAGUAUUGGCUACACUUGAUUGUAUUUUUUUUUUCGACACUGGUUUGCUUAUCCAGUAAUUGAGAUCGUAUAGUAUAGAAUUGGUUUUCUUUUUCGAUCAAUGGUAAAAUGGACGAAGAUGAUGAAGACAUAUAUCGUGCAACGAACUCUUUGAAU